AUCCUAUUCCUGAAAUGUCCUUAUUCCAUAUACCGCCUGGAAUGCUGGAUUCCGUUCCCAUAGAAGACACUGAAUUGAAAUAUGACUUUGUAGAUGGAGCUUAUGAGUUGGAACUCUCCGCGAACUUUACUGAAGAUGAACUAGAAGACCAAAGAUUCUUUGGUUGUGUCGUUUCUAUGAAUGGAACUGGUUAUGAGGAAGAAAUACAAAUUCCUUACCUUCCAGCACCCAAGGCAGAGAAACAAGAAAGUGAUGAUGAUUCCGACGAAAAUGCAGCCUCGAAGUGUACAGGAGUCUUUUUAGUAGCUACGUUCUUCUUGACACUUCUUUUUUUGUUGACGUAGCUGAUCAUAGGUGAUGCAACUAAUUCUUACAGUCUCCCAAAGUGCCAUGAUAUUUUCUACAGUCAUCAUAAGAGUAUAUUUUUUGUGAGACUGUCGUCGGCAAAUUUGUGUUGUGGGACAAAGUACAAAAUGCUGUGCAUUUUGCGAAGAAGAAAGCAUAUGUUUUGGGAUAAAUCACGAGUCUGUUUGCAUUUUACUCCAAAUUCACACAGUUUGAGACAUCUGGCAUUAAUUCCUACAUGUCUAAUACAUUUUUGUACUAUUAUCUCAAACCCAUGAAGUAAAGUUUUAAAGAAAUUAUCAAAUAUAUAUUAGAAUGACUAAAUUAAAGGAAGUUUUAUUAUCAGAAGAAAUUUUAAUUAAUUGAUUGUUUGUAUCGAAUUACUUUCAUAAAAUUCUGCCUACCUACUUAUCGAAUUAAUUUGAUAAAAUUCGUAAACAUCUUCUUUAAAACUAUAAAAAUUGAAAAUAAAUUUAAGUUUUUAAUAAGCUUGAUUGAUUCUGAUUGAAAGAUUUUUAAUUUAUCAAUAUCGUUAUAUGUAAGUCAAUUUUACUUCAAAGGAUUUACAUUCAUUAACUUCAAAUAUUGUCACUUUAUACUAAUUUUGACCUAAAAUUCAAAAGCGUAAGAUCCGAAAUGAAAACGCAUGUUUAUUUUGAAAAUUUACCUAAAAGCAAAAGCAAUUAUAGAUAUUAUGAAUAAUUAAAUCAUUUUUUAAUCUAUAAUUGAAGUAUAUGAACCUAUAAUUGAAUAUAUGAAUAAUUUCAAAGUUUCAAAAAUCAUGCACUUGAGAGUUAAACGGAAUAUCAACAAGGCAUUUUAAUUCAAAUACAGAAACGUUAAUUGAAAUUUUAAUUGUAAAAAUUAACAGAAAACUCUGAUAGACAUUUUGAAGCAGGCAUUGAUCAAGAUGAACUUUUUAAUCCAUCAUUGCUCAGUGUACUAACUCUUCUAAAUCUAUUACAUAUAAAGCAGCUUCAUAUCUUAUUUUAUCGUCUUUAUCUUGCAUUAAAGUAGUACUUUUAAAGAAAUGAAACAAUUUUCGACUUCAAAGCACUUUAAUAAUAAUGAUGAACUGAGUAAAUAAACUGAUUAUAAAUUGCUCUAGAAAGCUUAAAUAAAAUAUUUCGAUGUGUAGGUAAAAAACUUUUAAUAUAUAUUUUUAUAUUUGUAUUAUUAAUAUACAUUCUGGUGUAGUCAAACGACUUUCCCCUUUUAAGUUUUACAUACAGUGCGUCAGAGAAACUGCAAAUUAUCUUCAGUUUUCAGAAGUUCAAUAAAUUAAUUAAUGCUUCUUUCAUAUUUAAAGCACAUUUAAUCUUUAAAAUAUGUAUGCUCUGUAAUUUCAUAAGAUGUUACUGAGUGCUUUGUUGUGUAAAAUUAUAAAUCAUAUUAUGACAAUUUUAGAUAUAUAUUAAGAAUAACGGUGAAAUAUUAUCAAAAAUGAAUGUUUUUUAUUAUAUAAUUUUAUAAAUAUUAUGAAUGGCAGUGUUGCAUUUUAUAACAGUUUUGUAAAUAAAAUAUUUAAAAAAAGUAAGAUUUUGAAGGAUUUGCUAUUAUAAGAGUUUAUAGUAAUGUUACGCUCUUUUAAAUGAGUACGUGUUGCUUUUAUUAUAAAUCUUUGUGAUGCACAAAAGUAAUAAAAUUUCAUUGUUAAUUGUUGAUAACACUCUUUUACAUAUUGUUAUGGACUGACAUCUAUGUUUAUAGUCUUAGCAAUUAUGCAUUCGAAGCAUUUUAAAUUUUUUUUGCUGUUUGUUUAUUUAUAUAUGCUUAAAAAUAUCAAUGAACCCGUAGAUAAAAAUAUUAAAAGAAAACUUUUAAUUAAAUAAUUAUUUCAGUUCCUCUAGCAUUGUUUUAAUGAUUCUAUAUUUCUGGUUUUGUAAAAGUGUUUAUGAAACAAAUAUGUUCAAUUUACUUUAAGCAAAAUACUGACUAAAAAUUCUAGUUGUCUGUAUUAAUACUGUAAAUAUAAAUGUAUUAAAAAUUGUAAACAAAAUGUAAAUAAAUAAGAUUAGAAUUGAGCAAUCA